AUGUCAUUGUCACUAGAUCCGCGUGAAUACCAGGAUUAUCUUAUAUAUUCAUCGUCAUUGGAGUAUUUUGCAACAGAGAGUGCCUCGUUUGAACCGCUGACUCGUGCGUUUCAUUGCCACAAGGAAGAAGACGAGCUAUUUAAAAUGAUGAUUAGAUCGAAGAAAACUAGAGGGAAUAAUAGACUAGGUGGCACUGGGGCAGUUUAUGACUUUGAACCCGUGAGGCUCGAGCGUAAACGCAGCAAUUCUACUACUUCCACAUCGACGUUUUCACUACAUCACUUGGAGAUGAAUAAUGGCGGUAGUUAUGGUGGUGGCGCUACCUCCAAGAGAUCACCAGCUAGGAUGCUCGACCUCUGGCAGAAUAGCAAUAGUCUGGCCCCGUCAAUCUAUAGCACCACGUCGGCAACAAGCAGCUUCAAAUCGCAAUUCAGCGGGGUUAACCCCAGGAGAUUUGCUAGUUUGAUUUUCAAGAGCUUGAGCAGUAAGAAGAAUAAGCACCGUGAAGAAGAGCCCGUUGAGGCAAUGUUGCCGCCAUCACCCACGUCGUACGAGACGCGCACCUCGUUUGAGAUUGACGAUGAUGAUGGCGAGUCUAGAUCCAAUGAUGACCACACUGAGGCUAAUUUGUCUUCUAGAUCAGAUACAACUUCGGUGUUUUCGAAUCGCGGCCAACCAGCACAGAAUGAACAACAAGAACAGCAAAAUGAGUUUGAUGUGCGGAGAAGCAGCAGCAGCAGCAGCAGCAGCAAUAACAGUUCAGCCCAUAAUCGGGAACUUGUGCUGGGUUUCAAACAAAAUAGCGUAAACAGCGUAAACAGCGAGAUUGACUUGGAUCUCGAACUGGAUCUGGAUUUAGAUUUCGAAGAUGAGGAGUUGCGGUCCAUGUUGGACGAUUUGGAAACGGCCCUGAUUGUCCAAAUUGACGAUAUAUUGACUAUUGCUGCUCACUAUGACUCGCUGCUGCAUGUAUUGGGUGCUUGCUAUGUUGAAGUUGGACGUUAG